CUCCGACAAAAUGCUUAAAAUGUCGCUACUUAGCAUUGUAGGUUUGCUGGUAUAUGUAAAGUUGCUGUUAUACUGUUCGCUAGCCGCCGGCGCCGGAUUUGCUACCGGCGUUACACACAUCCCUGGAUACGAUGGAUUGCUUCCAUUCCAGCUUGAAACCGGGUACAUUGGAGUUGGUGAGCCACAAGAAGAGGUCCAACUGUUCUACUACUUUAUAAAGUCCGAAUCACCAACCAGGCCGGAUAAAGAUCCUGUAAUACUUUGGUUAACGGGCGGCCCAGGCUGCUCAGGGCUAUGGUCAGUCACAUUUGAUAAUGGGCCUCUGCGAUUUAUCGAGGCUGAAUACAAUGGAAGCAUACCUACACUGACUUUAAAUCCUUAUGCAUGGACGAAGGUCGCAAAUAUCAUAUUUCUAGAUUUACCCGUUGGGACUGGAUUUUCAUAUGCAAACUCAUCUCAUCCUAAACACUCCGACGAUACACAUGCAGGCAUACAUGGAACCCAAUUUAUCCAGAAGUGGUUGGAAGGGCACCCAGACUACAUUUCAAAUGAUCUCUAUGUCGGUGGAGAAUCCUAUGCUGGCAUUUUUGUCCCCAUUAUGACAACUUAUAUAUCAGAUGGAAUCGAGACAGGAGCUACACCAUGGAUCAACCUAAAGGGAUAUCUCCUAGGAAACCCUUUAGCAUUUCAAUUUAAUUAUACGCCAAACAAUUACCAAAUCCCAUUUGCUCAUGGAAUGGGACUCAUUUCCAAUGACUUCUACGAGUCAUUACAAUAUCAUUGUAGAGGAGACUCUCAAGAUAUUGACUCCAGCAAUUUGCUCUGCUUGCAAAAUUUGAUCACAUUUUAUGAGGGGUAUGAUGAAUUAUAUACAUCUCAUAUUCUGGAGCCAGCUUGUCAUGAUGUGUCUGUUUCAAGAAAGGCACCUGUUUGUCAUAAAGAUUACAAAAAUGGGAAUUACUUAAAACAGUUUAACCCCCCGAGAAGAUCUCUUGGAAGGCGUAGCAAUCUCUCUCUAUCUCCAAAGGCAAAAUGUCGAGAUCAUUGGUAUAGCCUCAUGGAGCGCUGGGCAAACGAACAAAGUGUUCGUAAGGCUCUACAUGUCAAAAAGGGAACCGUUGAUGUGUGGGAGUUCUGCCGUUCCAAUUUAUCAUACACACAAAAUAUAGAGAGUGUGACAUCCUAUCAUGCCCACCUUAGCAAGAAAGGCUAUCGAUCUCUUAUUUACAGCGGGGACCAUGACCCUUGCAUAACGUUUAUUUCGACUGAAGCAUGGAUAAAAGCCCUAAACUACUCCAUUGUUGAUGACUGGAGACCAUGGUGGGUAGAUGAUCAAGUUGGAGGAUAUACAAUGACUUACUCAAAUGGGAUGACAUAUGCAACAGUAAAGGGAGCAGGGCAUACAACCCCAGAAUCUGCACCUUAUCAAUCUUUCAUCAUGUUCACAAAUUGGAUCCAAAAUGGUGUACUUUAGUCCACAAUACAUUGCAUAGGUCUCUGUGAUACCUAUGAAGAGUCCACAUCAACUUUAAUUUGGUGCUAUAUUUAUUUCUAAUAAAUCGCCUCUCCUGUGUAGACACGUCGUUAUAUGUGUUAAAUGCCUUAUAAUUGAAAGAGUAGUUUACACAGUUAUAUU